CGUCUUUGUCCUGUCUUCAGGAGGAGAUGACCGCCGGGUGCUCCUGUGGAACAUGGAGAAAGCCAUCCACGCUCGGUCCAAGCCUGUGAAACUGAAGGGCGAGCACCUGUCCAACAUCUUCUGCCUGGCCUUUGACAGUACAAACAAGAAAGUCUUCUCUGGUGGAAAUGAUGAACAGGUGAUUCUUCAUGAUGUGGAGAGAAGAGAAACUCUGAACGUGUUCCUGCAUAUUGAUGCCGUGUACAGCUUGUCUGUCAGUCCGGUCAAUGACAACGUGUUUGCCAGCUCAUCUGACGACGGACGCGUUCUUAUCUGGGACACCCGCGAGCCGCCAAAUGCAGAGCCGUUCUGCCUGGCUAGCUACCCCUCAGCCUUCCACAGUGUGAUGUUUAACCCUGUGGAGCCCAGGCUGAUCGCCACAGCCAACUCCAAGGAGGGAGUUGGAUUAUGGGACAUCCGCAAGCCACGCAGCUCAUUGCUGCGGUAUGGAGGCAGCAUGUCCCUUCAGAGCGCCAUGAGUGUUCGUUUCAACAGCACCGGUACCCAGCUGCUGGCACUGCGGCGCCGCCUGCCCCCCGUCCUCUACGAACUGCACUCCCGCCUGCCCAGCUUCCAGUUUGACAACCAGGGCUACUUCAACUCCUGCACCAUGAAGAGCUGCUGCUUUGCUGGGGACAAAGAUCAGUACAUCUUGUCUGGAUCAGAUGACUUCAACCUCUACAUGUGGAAAAUCCCAAAGGACCCAGAAGCAGGAGGCCCUGGUCGUGUGGUAAACGGGGCUUUCAUGGUCCUGAAGGGUCACCGCUCCAUUGUGAACCAGGUUCGCUUCAACCCUCACACCUACAUGAUCUGCUCUUCCGGUGUAGAAAAGGUCAUCAAGGUCUGGAGUCCCUACCAGCAGCCCGAAAGUUUAGGUGACCUGGAGGGCCGUGUGGAGGACAAGUCACGCAGCCUCUACACCCAUGAAGAGUACAUCAGCCUGGUGCUCAACAGCGGCAGUGGUCUGUCCCACGACUACGUCAGCCAGUCCAUCCAGGAGGAUCCACGCAUGAUGGCUUUCUUCGACUCUUUGGUGCGUCGAGAGAUCGAAGGCUGGAGUUCCGACUCUGACAGCGACCUUAGCGAGGAGGCUAUCAUGCAGCUCCAUGCCCGAGGGCGCCGCACCACGCGGGCCACACCAGUGGCUCCCGUCGCUGUCUCGACUGCUGGUCACCAAAGUGACUCUGACAACUCGUCGUCCUCCUCUCUGGCUGGACCGGAUGCUUCAGGAGGGGAAGAGCAAGCCGAAGCGGAGGUGGAGGGGCAGCCCAGGAGACGGGGCAGGCAUCAGCGACAUCAGUCAGGCUUCCUUGUGAAUGAGGACUCUGACUCGAGUGAGUUUUGGCUGGACCCCAUGCCCCGGCCUCGUUCCCCAAGCCCCAGGGACAACUCCACGCUGUCCAGCCCCACCUCCUCUCCUUCACUUCCCGCCGAAGCCUCCAGCUCUUCAACAUCCACUUCCAGCUCCAGCAGUGACGACGAGGAGCGGCGUAGUGCAGUGAGGCGGCGCAACGUCAUGAGGCGGCGACGCAUGCAUGUAGUCUCCAGAGCUGAGGAUCGACCCGAGUCUGUACAGGCUCUGUUUUCAGCCAUCGACUCCUGCAGUUACCCAUCUAUAUCAAUCGAGGACCUCUCUUCCUCCACAUCAGGAGAGGAACAAAAAUCUCUCCAAAUCAAGCCCCUUACUGGUGGCGCCAGAGAUGAGGAAAAAUGUCUGAGCCCUUCUGACUUUGUGUGUCUGAGCCCAGUAAUGUCCCCCGAGAGCCAAGAGAAUGAGGAAGGGAGUGACAGGACUGAACUAGAAAGACAUCCAGCUGCAUCUCCGCAAUCAUUGGUUGGACGCAGGACUGGACAAAGGGCUACUUCAGAGCCGGCUUUAGACAGCUCUGAUAGCGGAGAGGCCUGUAGCAGCUCAGGGGCUUUAGACAGUAACUUGCAAAGCCGACGUAGCCUUGGAGUGAACGGGCAGCACCGGACUGUAGCACCUUACGUGAGUGAGAACCUCCUUGUCUCCUCAGAAUCAGAGGAAGAGUCUGCCGUCACACCUGAAGACACAAGGCCACAGAGAGAAAAAGGCCUGGCACAGAUCGCUCUGAAGCGGACUCAUGUGGGAUCAGAGGAGGGCGAGUCAGGCUCCUCACCCUUGGAAAAGAAGUUAAAAACAUAAUGACAUCUCUUUCUCAUCCUGGAAAGAAAUCAUUUGUUAAGAGACUUAAUUUAGGACGUGGGUUUUCUAUGGGUUUUUAAAACUCAGCUUUUUCAUUUUUCGUCUUGUUGUCAUGUGACACAUGAACUUGCGCUGAUUAUGAGAAGAAGACGUUAAAGAACUUAAAAAAAAAAAAAAACGGUUAAUUUUUGUUUCCGAACAAAUGAAUUAGACAGUGUCAUCGUUCCUUAGGCUGAACCACAGAUGACGUUAAACGAUGAAAAAUAUAAAACAUAAGCUAAAUAUUGUUGUUAACAAUGGUAUUUUAAGUGAAACCCAUUUAUUUUCAUGCAGCAUCAGUGUUUUUUUCUCAAGCUCUGGUUGUUGCAGAAUUCUCCACCCUGGAUUUGGAGCUCCUCCAGCCAUAAAAAAAAGGUCUUAUGGAGGACAAAAGCUUUGCAGCAUUUUAAUUUCUACAGUUUCACACUGAGCAUAAAUCUGAUCUGUCUUGUUUUUAUUUUAAAAUGAUUCUCUGCUAAGACUGCUUCAGGGGUGUCUGAGGGAUCGACUGUCGCCAUAGUAAUCUUAAGGAGUACCAUUUGUUUAAGCUGUGCAUUGAAAUGAUGCUUUCAGUGUCUCUACCAAUUGUUUUUUGUCUCAUUAUCCAGCCCCUGGGUACCAUUACAAGCCAGCUCUCGCUUUUGUUUUCCUGCAAUUAAAGAAUAAUUUGUUCUCCAGUGACAACGCCA